AUGGAAAAUCUUCCUGAAUACGUACAAUCGCUGCUGCUCCACCCCACGGUUCAACAACUGGCCUCCUCUCCAUUAGCAUCUGGUUUCGCCAACAUCCACGCGACAUACCUCAACCCAUCUCUUGCCCAUCUGAGAGAAUCCUACCUUAACCCGACUCUCGCCCAUCUGCGCUUGACCUACCUAGAACCCUACGUUGUGCAGCCGCUGGCGCACGUUCUCGCCACAAUGCCAGAUCUUGCCUCAGUAAUGGCCAUAUUCUUGGUACUCUUCCUCUCGUUGAAGAUUCUUGAUUAUACACGUCGCGCAGUGAUGUGGUGGGUGUGGACAAUAAUCUGGGCGGCCAAGUGGGCAACUAUCCUUGGUGCUGCAGGAUACAUCUAUCUUUCGGGUUGGGAGAAGGUGGUACAAGACCUAGGCUACGCUUUUAACUUUAUUUCGGGGCUGCUGGAGCAGUACGGCCAUACCCUUGAGUCGGCGGCGCGAGACGGGCACCGUCCUCGCGGAGGAUCGUGGCGGGGUGAUGAACUAUGA